AUGGCUUGGCUAGUGUCAUCCAGGACCAACUCUCCCUCCUCUUGAGGAACUAAUUUUACUUUCUGUCCGUACAGACAACAGUAUGAAACGGUCCACUCCACAUAUGGUGUUUCCAGUCCCGCUCUCCCCACCAGAACCUCCACUGUAUGUCCGUGAACCUGCUGUUCUUCCCGUUCCUCAGCUUCCAGGAGAUCUCCCUGAACCCAUGCAGGUGGGGAGGACGAGACUAACACCAAAUGUACGUCAACUCCGUUUGUCUCGUGGCUUAUGUCUAUAUUGUGGUGCAGUUGGUCACUUCCUGAGAACCUGUCCUGCACGUCUAAAGAACCCUCGCUGUCCUCCUGUGACUACUACUCAGAUCGGUGUCAUUACUUUUUCUUGGCAUAAGAAGCAGCAGUGCUCUUCUCCUGGUCUCUCAGCAGAACCUGAGAGACCCGUGCAGGUCAACAGAUCUCGUCUCUCCCCUGAAGUGCGGCAAUUCAGAUGUGACUGAUGACGGCCCUUGCAUCACUAGGAACGAGUGGCUGAGGUUCUCUGAGCAGAAGGAUUUCAGCAACAUCACUUGAAGUCCGUUGUAUGCACAGUCCAAUGGAAAAGCUGAGAAAGACUGAAUCAUGGAUCGACAUCCUCACAUUCCAUAUGUUGCGGUGAUGUUUCAUCUUGUUUACACUGUGGAGAGGAGGACGAGGCCCCUUAAACAGGAACCAGACCAACCAAGCAGCAGAGCAGCAGAGCAGCAGCCUCUUGAGAUCCUGACAUCAGCCUCCCUGAAGACAACCACCACCUGAAGAACAGCCACAUCAUGAAGACUGCCAUCGCUCUCUUGCUGCUGUCUUGCUUCCUGGCUGCCAGUCAUGCCUUCAGGUGUGAGGAAGCUCCCAGGCAUUACGGCCUCGGUCAGUUUGAUGCCGGACAAGGAAUGUUGGUUGCCACCAACAGAUAUCGAACCCUGAUACUCACUGGUACACACUGGAGCCUCCUGAGCUACCAACGCCUUCGUCACAUUUCAAUCGGACGUUCUGGGCUGUGGGCCACUGAUUCCAGCAACAAACUCUUCAAAAUGGUGGGAAGCAAAUUUCUGGAGGCCACAGGUUUGAAGUUGAAAGUGGUGGCAGCUGGAGGGAACGAUUUUUUGAUGGGAGUCAGAGCCAGUGACAACAGAACCGUCUGUGUUCGAGGCAGCUCAGCUUUGCACUACAAAGGUGUCGGCUCUGUGAGCUGGGUUUUGAAGACAAAUAUCAUGAAAGAAAUCAGCUGCGGACAGAAUAGAUGCUGGGCGGUCGACUCAUCGAAUCGGGUCUAUGUCAUGUGGAAUAUCAACUCCGGCUGUGGAAGUACAUCAUGGGUGCAAGUGCCUGGGUCCUUUAAGUCGAUCAAAGUGGGACAGGACGGAUCAGUUUUUGGACUGAUGCCGCAUGGUGUCAUCUGUGAAAGAGUGGGCAUCACAAAUAGUAACCCGAGAGGCUCUUCUUGGCGCGAGUUCCCCAUGUGCAUCGCUGUUGACAGACUCGCCUACGACCUGGGCAGACUUUGGAUCGCCAGCAAGUCAGGUCUCCUCUUGGAGUGCCGCCGCUAGGAUUCACUCUUGUUGCACUGAUGUAUGGCAACAAUGCACCUGAAUCUUCUUGAAUCUUUUUCUUUGUCAUGAAAUCAUGAUGCGGAAUUGUCAGAAAUAUCUACCAAGUGAUUGAAUUUUGAUCAUAAUUUGUUUUUAGAACUGUGGUGAAUCAGAAUCUACCAUGUUUGGGAACACUGA